AUGGACACACCAAGCGAGGGUACCAGCAGCGACUCUGACCAACCUAUGCAGCCUGAGAAGGGCAUGCUCGGCGAUGCAAUCGUUACAGAGACCAAGCUGUUCAAGCGGUCUGGUCGCCAUGGUACUUAUGACAACAGUAGCCUGGAGACCACCUCCUACGAGCCCAUUAAGGAGUACGAAGGUCGUCACAGCAUGUUCUUUGCACUACAACUCGAUCGAGGCAAUAUCUCCCAAGCGUUAUCCGACAAUAUGCUGGAUGACCUUGGCCUGUCGACCAACGAGUACAACACUGGCCAGACGAUCUUCUACCUCUGCUUCCUGUUUGCCGAAUUGACCUCCCAAUUGAUUUCGAAGAAGGUCGUGGCCAGUUGUCAAGCACUGCUCUCCGGCAAGUCAUCUUUCUGGGCAUGUCGAGCCUUGCUGGGUUUAAUCGAGGGCGGCUUCAUCCCGGACAACAUUCUCUACCUUUCCUACUGGUACACUUCAUCCGAGCUUCCCAUUCGGUUGAGUUUCUUCUGGGUGGCGUAUCAGGCAACUUCCAUCGUGUCUGCUUUUCUGGCCUUCGGGGUCUUGCACAUGCGUGGUGUGAACGGGCUUGCUGGAUGGCGAUGGCUGUUUGCUCUUGAAGGCACCUUGACCGGACUAAUCGGCGUCAUCUCUUGGUGGUAUCUCCCUCCUUCGCCAACGCAGACUGCGUCUCGAUUUAGGGGCAAGGAUGGCUGGUUCAACGAGUACGACGAAAAGGUUUGA